ACUUGUAUUUGUACACAGUGCUACCAGAAAAUAAAUUUGUAGACUUUUACUUUCUAUGGCGCUACACUCUGCAGCUUUCGCUUUUGCAACUUCAUAAUUAUUAUCUUUCGAGUGAGUUUCGCAAUUUUGGCUCUACCGAAGCUCUACAAAGCUGCGGUUGUUUGUGGACUAAGACUAAGUAGUCAAUGUUCUAGAGAUUCACGAUAGGAGAUCAUUACUCAGUAAUUUAUGAAUUUUGAUUUUGUCGUGAUCCGAGGAUGGAUGCAUCGGAAGCCAGCAGCUUGAAGCGUAUUGAACGAGUACGAAAUCGUACACUGGAAGACCCGAGCAAAGUCUUUGAGAAAAACGCAUGGGAUGAUGUGUGCUGGGAUGAAGAACAGCUCAAGAACGCUGAAGUGCGAGUCUUGGCGAAUUCCGCGGAACCUUUACCUGAGUCAGAGUCUUCAAAAUUCCUUCUGAAUGCGGAUCAGUAUUGGGACAAGUUCUAUCAAAAGCACUGCGACCAGUUUUUCAAAGACAGGAAGUGGCUGGAGUCUGAGUUUCCAGAAGUCUGCGAAGCUGAUGAGCGUAUUUCUGCUUUGGACGAGGGGGCCGAACCGAAGCGACUUACCGUCUUCGAGACCGGAUGUGGCGUCGGAAAUACCGUUUUUCCUUUAAUCUCUUCCACCAAAAAUGCCUUUGUGUAUUGCUGUGAUUUCUCUCCGGAAGCCAUACGUCUAUUGAAGAGUCGACCACAGUAUUCCACAGAACGCUGUCACGCAUUUGUGGGCGAUCUGACUGAUGACGAUCCCUCGCAUUGGCCGCUUGAAAAUGAAAGCGUGGAUUUCAUCAUUAUGUUGUUCACCUUAUCCGCAAUCCGUCCCGAGAAGAUGCCGGCGGUAAUUAGACUUUUGGUGUCGUUUCUGAAACCGGGAGGUUAUAUUCUUUUCCGUGAUUAUGGGAAGUAUGACCUCGCUCAGCUGAGAUUCAAAAAUACUCAGUGCGCUGGAGAAAAUCUGUAUAUCAGACAAGAUGGUACUUUGGCAUAUUUCUUUACGCAAGAGCAACUCAGGAAUUUGUUUAUUGCUGAAGGAAUGGUAGAAGAGCAAAAUGCUGUUGAUCGCCGUUUAUUAGUCAAUCGAAAAAGGAAUAUCUUGAUGCACCGGGUAUGGAUCCAAUGUAAAUUCAGGAAACCGUAGCGUCACCGCCUUAUUAUAUUUGGUUUUUAACUUUUGAUGCUAAAUUGUUGCAAUCUAAAACAGCUUAAUGUGUAGUGCCGCUUUCGUGGCUUCUUUACGAUCUAUUUUGGGGUAAAAGCGUAUGCCUGAAUGUGGUUACUUGAAAACUAGAACAGCUGAUUAUAAGAGCGACCAUUUCUAGAGUCUGCGGAAGUGACUUGUGAAUGAAUGAAUGCGAAGACUGGCAAUGUUAAAACUCGCUAAACAAUAAAAGUCGAAAAAACAAUGGUAUGUCUACGCAGACUAACGCAUUUACAAGUACCCGUAAUCUAAGACGUAACGAAAACUAAACCAUUCAAGCUUUAUUCUACUUCCUCUUCUUCUGGUUUUUCUUUUUCGGUGUUGUCCUAGACUUCUCGCCCAUGCUACCAUUUGCUUCAUCAUCUAGUGGCUUUUGUUUGGCUUGUUCCGCUCGCCGAAAAACAUCAUCCAUUUCGUUCUCCACAGGAUAUGCAGUUUCGGGCAUCCGCUGUUCCCGAUCGGCUUUGACUUCGACACGGUUAAUGUAUUUUCCUGCCGCUGCCAUCUUUAGGCUGCGCCGGUGCAGAUUUGGAGAGACGUACAGAGGAUUUUCAUACAAGCAUUCUCCGCGAAAACUGCCGGCAAAAAUCUUGAUCAAAUUCAGUGUUAAACGUGGUCCUAUUUCCGCCAAGGCACCGUCUUCUUCCACAAUCUGGAAGUUGCGAAUCCAUAUCCGGUUGUCA